UCCGAAAGCAAAACAUCGCCAUUAAAGCAGCGAUAUCGCGGAGAAUCCACUCAGACAUCAUCCUGUAGCCAAAGUGUUGUAUCUUUGUGUUAUUGUUCAGUGCCAACCUGUUUGUGUUCGCUAUGUAAACGCUCUGCCCCCCCAAAAGGCAAUAGAAACAAUUAACCCAAAGGAUAGAUAGAUAAUAUAUCUUCAGUCAAAAGUGACAAGCACAAUCCGUUCCGAAGGUCCAUCAAUCCCCAGUGACGCAGUAUAUCAUGGCGCCCUUCUACAAGCGCAUCUGUCGCAGCCUUUCCAAGCGCUACAAGGAGCCCUCGUUAAGUCUGGACAACACUGUGGAGACACUGCUGAUCAAGAACGAGGGCGACUUCAUCAGCGUGGAGCAGGGCAAGGAGCUGGUCGCCCGCAAACGUAAUUCCCAGCAGCUGGCCCACGCACCCACUCACCUGCACCACCAUCCCAGCACCCACAGCAGCCACUCGCAGCACCAUGGCCCCCACAAUCAUCACCAGCAGCAGGCGCAGCACAAGCGCGACGAGAACAUGAGGCAGCUGCUGGAUGUGACCAACACGCUCACCAUCGAGGAGCUGCGCGACUUUGAGAUGCGCUAUGGCUCACCACAUCACAGUCGCUCGCAGUCGGUGAAGAUGCCCGGCAGCAGGGCCUCGGGCAGGCCGAAUCAGUUGUGCCUGCCCCAGCAGAGAUCCAGAGUGGCUUCCAUGCCAAACACUGGCGUGGAGGAGGAGUACUACAGGCUGCGCCAUUUCUCGAUCACCGGCAAGGGUGUGGUCAACCGCGGUGACUCUCUAAAGAGCCGACGCAGUCGUUCUAACAACAGCGUGGCCAGCUCUAAUUCCAGUACCGAGCACCUUACGGCACAGCAGCAGCUCUCCGCGCCCACCUCCGUCUCGGCGCGAACCUCGCUGGCCUCCAGCAGGGAGAGCAGCACCUCGAAUCCGGGCAAUGGUCCCUACAGGGUCCUAAUGCUGGGUGGUCCUGCGGUUGGCAAGAGCUCCCUGGUCUCACAGUUCAUGACGUCGGAGUACCUGCACGCCUACGACACGAGCAUCGAUGAUGAGUCCGGCGAGAAGGCCGUUUCAGUAUUACUCAGUGGCGAGGAGUCCGAGCUGAUAUUCAUCGACCAUGGAUACACCGAGAUGACGCCGGAUGAGUGCCUGACCAACUACGAUCCGCACGGUUACUGCGUCAUCUAUUCGGCCGCGGACAGGAGCAGCUUCAGUGUGGCGGAGCAGGUGCUGCAGGUGCUCUGGACCAAUCAGAACAUCGCCCAGAAGGCAGUCAUUCUCGUUUCAAACAAGGCGGACCUGGCCAGGAGCCGGCUGGUCACCUCCGAAGAGGGCAAGGCCAUGGCCACCGCCUACGAUUGUAAAUUCAUCGAGACUUCGGUGGGCAUAAAUCACAACGUGGACGAGCUGCUGGUGGGUCUCUUGUCACAGAUACGCCUGAAGCUGGAGAAUCCCGAGAAGUCCAGGGAUCUGUUCCGGAAGCGUUCGAUUAGAAAGUCGAAGCGCCGCGCCUGUUCGCCCCUGAGUGCCGGCUGCCUCAACGCCAACACCCCGCUGGGUCCGCUGGGGGAAACGGUGGCCACGCCGCCAGGCAGUGCGCAGAGCAGCCCCCGCAAGUAUCGUGGUUCGCGAACCUCCACCAGCCUGAAGGUCAAGGGCCUGCUGGGACGCGUCUGGACGCGGGACUCCAAGUCCAAGAGCUGCGAAAACCUGCAUGUGCUCUAAGCGAGCCCCUACGCAGAGAAUCCCUAAAAGUAUCCUAAAAACAGUAUGCAGAUUCUAAGCAUAGCAACUAUUGCCUAAGUUACAAAAAAAAACAGACUCGACUUCUACCGGGGGUACCGCACUAUUCCCAACUGUACAUAUUGUGUAUAAUUUUAGUCUUAAUUUACGCUAGUCACUCUCGCCCCCAAUCACUGUAUAUAGUUUGUCUAAAUAUAAAACUAUUAUUUAUAAUUGAUUUUAUGCGUUUAUGGUUUUCGUUCUCCUGUAAGCAUGAGUUGGGUUUAUUUUCGAAGCUCGAUUCUGUCUGGGGCGCAUUACCCCAUCCCAUUAGUUAUAAUUAUUCCGAUUAAAUCUGAUUAAAAACAAAUUACAAAAUUAAACCCAAAUUGAGAAGCAAUAAUUUUUGGAAAAAUUACCCUUAACCCUUGUUCGUAGACGAAGAAGUUAAAUGAAACCAAUUGUACUGAUUUUUGAACGUUCGGAAUGGAACUUAUUGUUAAUUAUAUAUGUGUAGUUAUAUAUAUAUAUUUGUAAAGGUAAUCGAAUUGCAUUUUAAAAUUACAUUAAUGUUCAUAUGAUUGUUAUUGGAUUCAUUAAUUGGUCGACCUAGAAUUUGGCCAUAAUUGUUAACCUUAAUCACAUUUUUUUAUAAUCUAUAUGCCAGCCCACGCCCAUCGUGCACCCACAACUGGCACGCCCUAGGUUUCUCAUGUUAGUCGGGACCAUUUCAAAAUUAAUCAAAGAUAUAUAAUCAGAUAUAGGCUGGAGACACUAGGCUUACGCUGGGGCUGCGGCUAUAUUACUAGUUUUACAUUAGUUCAACAUGUGAUUUACACAAGGUCCACUAAAUCGAGAGCAAAGGCAAAACCAUUUUGUUAUUGUACGUGCUUGCGACCUGCUCUAUCAAAUAUUGAGGUCGGACGGGAAGAAAUUUUGAGAUUUUUAACUAUGAAUGUCAACACUAGUAGUCCACCACACCACCCAUUCCACUAAACACUAAUCUAGAUGUCCAUUAAAUGUAUUAUAGAUGUCCAUUAAGUAUUAUAAUCACCGAAAAUUGCAGCACAAUGGAAUUUAAUGGAGUGGGUGUUCCGGCAGAUAUCAAGCCGGGGGCAUGCGGCGGAACAUUGAAGGAAACCCUAAGCUAUACGUGCAUCCCUACAUAUGUGUAUUAUACCAAAUCUAUAUCGAAUAGAUCAAAAUAUAUAUAUAUACAUAGCUGUAAUUUCAUUUUUAUCCAGAACUCUGUGUAUUAUUCUCGCUCAACCAUCAGUAAAUGUGAAUUCGAGCCGCUAACUACAUACUAUAUGGGACAGUGAUAGAUCCACACUCUCGAUUUGCACAGAUUGUACAACACUUUAUAUAACGAGAAGCGAAAGUCAGCCAUUAAUGUAAGAACUGGCCAAUUGAAUGCAUGUUUCAAUAUUUCUCGCUCCGAAAUUAUAUGUAUAAUGAGUGUAUAAUAAAUGUGAAAAGUUCAAUUUCAAAA